GCUUCAUUUUUAUUGCUGUCUAUUUGAAAUCGUUUGCGCUCCGUAUGUAGUUGACUUGUCACUUGUGUCCACACGCAGAUAUACAAUAGGCUUGAAUAGUUUAUUAGCGCGAAAUGUAGAUUUUAUGUUCCUAAACGUUGCUAUAAAGGAUGGAGUAUUUUCUGUGAAAAUAAUACCAUAUUAAUACCAAGAACCCAAGAAGCUGCAAGAAAAACUAGUGAAAAACACAAGGGAAUCAUUAAAAAUAAAUUCGCGUUUUCUAUAGUGGCCAAAAAUUUCGUUCACUCUUAACACAAAACCGGCUCGCGUAACGGAAAAAUACGGGUAAUGAAGGGGCUACAAAACGGGAGACCUCCACCCAGGGAUUCUUGCCUUUUGAAUAUUUAAAAAACACGUUGAGUAAAAAGAUGGCCUUCUACGGGAAUAACGAACAGGAAGAUGACUUUGAAGACAGUGAUUAUGAGAAUGUUACACGGAGUGAGUUAACGAGAUCAAUGUCAAUAGUGCGUCUAAAGAUACCCAAUACUAACUGUAAGAUGGAGGUUAUACCAACAUGGCUCGAUAAUGUUUGUUACACUCCUGACCGUGACAUUAAGGUUGAAAAUGAUAACAGCACAGAAUAUCACAUAAGGACAUAUGCAAUAACAGCAAAGUCAUCUGUGGUGCCUGGAACGCAAGACAUAAAUCAUGGUAAAAUAUCAUUUUAUUACAGGGUCUCGGGUGAAAGAGUGAAAGUUUACGCCGUUUUACAGUCAGGAAGAAGCAAUGCAUGGGUAAAGUUACAGGGUCUACGAGAUAUUCAAUUUCCAAAACAAUUUGCAAUGUUUUUUCUGGACCCUAAUAGCAUAACAAAAACUAGUGGAUUUUACUUAACAGGUUCAAAUUCAGGGAGAUUUACUAACAGUUAUCAGAAAACGGAUUCUUUUGACAGCGAAAAUAUUAUGCACAAUUACGGUGUGAUCGAAACAUUAAGUGCUCAAAUUACUGAUAAUGAAGAUGGUAAAAUAUUAAAGGAAUUUUUGUUACAAAAUAAUUUUGCCGUUAAAAUGUUGAUGGGUCAAAUAAAUGUUAUGAUGGAUCUAAAAGCAACCGAUGUAAAAUCACUUUGCAAUUUUUUAAACUUUGUCGAUGACAAAUUGUCAACAUUUAAAGUGGAGAACAUCUCGCAAAAAUGGAAAUUUCUUACAUACAUUCAUAAGAUCGAUGGUUUAUUAAAAUCGAAACUUGAAAAAGACUUGUUGGAAAAAAUGAAUGCAGUUUAUAAGGACCGAAAAACAACUACUGAUGCAUUUGAAAUGGAGAGUUUCCUCGUUCAUCAACACCAACACGAGUUUGAUCGGUGCAAACAAGUUACGUUAUGGAACGGCAAAAAACAAUUGUCAUGGUCGUCUGAUUCCGGUGAUUUGCACCAUUUAGGUGAAACCAUACGUGUAAAAGAUGUUUUUAAUGCGUUGUAUAAAAACAAACCCUUGGAAUCCGUAAACGAUAUAAAACUUUCAUUCUACAACUUAGUUACAGACGAAGAAGAAAAAAUCCACUUCCAUAAUUUCCUUGUUACGCAAGCUACCAUAAGUAGCACUAAUGAAGAAGUAAAAUCAUACUUUCAUUAUGGAACACACUGGUUUAUGGUAAAACUUGACACAUUAAUGCAAACAACGAAACGCUUUGUCAAUGUUGUAAGAAGCUGCAUUAUGAAGAAAGAAGAAGGUGGCUCAUAUCCAGAAAUCUUGCCUUGGUGUACUGGUGAAAGUAAGCAGAAUUUCUCAUUGAAACAACUUGUUACAUUUGUAAAAUGCAAAGAAGGAUCAAGCGAAGAAGGAACAAGCGAAUCUGAUUUAGAUCAAUUAGAGAAAAUUUUAACCAAAAGGAGGUCGUUGUUUACGAAGCAUGGAAUCAUGGGAGAUUGGGAGAACAACUGUGCGGUGGAAACAGUUUCGUUUGAGGAUGACAAACAUAAUGUUGAUCUCCUUGCCAUGAAUAUGCUCGUUUUACAGAAAACUGAAUUAGGUAAGUGUAUUGCACCCAAAGGAAAGCCCUCAUACAAAGUCAUUGGAGAGCUACAAAAUAUUUUCUCAAAAAGCAAAACGCUGAAAGAGAUGGAAUCAAACUACAUGAAAAAAGCAAAAGUGCCAACCAAAAAAGAUUGGUCAAUCGUAGAGAAAGAAUUGUUGAAAAAAAAACAAUGCUUAGAAAAACUGGACAAUGGUAACUUCCGUGUCCACAGCCCUUACAUUACAAAGGACAUGAUAGAAGAAAUUAAGUCAAAAAAACUUCCUGUUUGUCCUGUACGCCUAGUUCAAUUUUUGCGAAUGUACAUACCUAAAGAUGAGGGAGAGUAUAACGAGUUAUACCACUUAUCAAACUGCAAGUGUCAGAAGUCUUCUUGGAAAUAUGUUGUGGGAGACAGAAUACUUGAUAAGAACAAUCAAUGGAUUGAACUCUUUGAUGUAAUGGCGCUGUCUACAAAAAGGAAAGAAGCGUAUUUCUUCCAUGUGAAGAAUGGAUUCGGAGCAGAACAAUCUCGAGCAGUUUGUUCUCAAGUAAGAGUAUGUGGUAAUGAAAUUUGGGAAUCUAUAACUGCCAAUUUCAUUAACAAUAGUUUCAAGAAAUAUUUUUCUGUUGCCACAAAAGUAGAAGAAGAAAAUGAUUUGCACAAAAGUCUAACAAAAAAAGAAAUUAAAAGUAUCAGCAAAGAUGGAGAGCAAUUCUCGUCUUUCAUGUGUGAUGAUGAAAUGAAAUUCUUCAUUUGCUUAUCGCCUUUAUUUCAGAAGCCUGAAUAUCUUAAAAGUGCCGUUACUUGCAACUUUGAUUUUAAGUUCAAAGAUUCCCACUUUUCAGAAAUUGCAGGUGGCUUGAACAAACUUAUCGGCGCCGGAGUGAUCCAUCAAAAGACAAAGGUAGUUACGUCAACGUUUUUUGCAACCAAAAACAAAUUUUAUGAGUUAUUGCGAAAACAGUCUUGCAAAAACAAAGAGGCAGACGAUAUGCAUAAGACAAUUAAGAACUUGACAGGUAUGUCGGGUAUUAUGGAUGGGUCGUCAUUUGUUGCGAAAGUAUCCCUUAUCGAUGUUCAUCGCAUCUUUUCCGAUUUUUUUGUCGCCAAUGGACAAACAAAAGUCCAUCUAAAAAUAUGGGAAAUUAAUGGCAUUCCUGAGCAUAACGUUAGCACUGACAACACCAAAGAAAACUAUCCCAAGAAGCAAACAACUAUUUCUACCUUUAUGAAAAAGUCAGAAAGCAGAAAACGAAAGAGAAACAAAAGCACCAUCGCCUGCGGUCAAAGCAGUAAGAAACAUUUAAGCUCUGUAAGUGUGAAUUUCUAUUUUAGAAAACGAGUAAAGUUUGAUCCUAUCUAAUUACUUUAACUGCGGAAAAUACUCGAACCUCUGUAGUCUAACAUAGGGGUCGACAAUAUUUUAUUAAUUGAAGGUUAAACGGUUGUUACCCAGACUUUAAACAGUAAUUUUUCACUGUUCUAAUCCUAUUCAGGCGGGCUUUUUAAGUUUGCUUUAUGGACAAAGGAGAAUUAAGUUGGCCGGUACCUUAAAGCAUCGUAUUGACGAGUUUUUAUUAAAGAAAAUUGGAAUAAAAAGAAGUUGACGUGAUUUAGGCUAGAUGAGGUCAUCUUAUAUCUUCCGAACAGAAAGAGGCUAAAAUAAUAGAACAUAAACCUUGAAAAAAAGAACGGUUGCAAACGUUACAAAUUACUUGAUAGUAGUAUAAAAUAGCUUUUAAAAAAAAUAGCUAUAAUAUGAUUUUGAACCUGUUUUUUUUUUCUAUGUUAUUCCGAUUAGUCCGAUUAGGGUUAAAUAGGAAUAUAAAAAAAAAGAAAGAAAAAAUUUAGAUUCGUUUAUGCAACGUCAUUAUAUGUGUUAUAUAUGUUUUAAAUUUCUUGCUUCAUGUUUAUUUGGAAUGUGGGCGAAAUUUGAGUGAAUCUUUUCUAAAACUGACCACUUGUAUUUAAUUAUAUAUCCAUAGUAGUGAAAACAUGCUUCACUAAUAAAAAAAAUUACAAAUUAUACGUUGUGUCAAGAAAAAGCAAAAGGGUAGACAGAAACGAGAAAACCAUGAGGCAGACCAGCUUUAUUUAUAAAGAAAAUUAAAACUAAGGCAUUAUAAACUUUUUAAGUAAAUUAUAUUUAUAUUCUGUAUCACCUUCCGUAUCAACAGGUAACUUUAUAAAGUAACUUAAAAGUCGCUAAAUAUGUAUAAAUAAUUGGCACAUGAACAAAACAUUUCGUAACUUUGAUGCUGGAAAUUUGUUAAAUUUAAAUUUCGUUCAUCAUAAAUAUAUUCAAUAUUCAAUGUUAUAUUACGUUAAUAUUGCAAUGCAUCCAUACUUUAAGGUUUGAUUGCCUUGUUUGUUUACAGCAUGCUGCCAUAUUUAAAUGUACUGCUUACUUCAGAUCACGUGACCAGGUCGAGAUCUCCGCUGAUGACAUCAGCAUGCCGAGACCUUCAUUGCUAUACCUUAUUGGUAAAAAAAGUCGGCAAAAAGUUACUUAAUUUUGGCUAGGUGACUUAUAUUUUUGUCGACUAAAAUUUUCGCCGACUUUUUUAUUACCGAGCAAAUUUUUUUGCCAUAUUUUUUUUUGACCUAAUUUUUUUUUCUGACCACCUUUUUACCGUUUUUUCUUCCUUGCUGGUAAUUUUUAUUAGUUUUAUGCAAGUAUUCUUUAUUAGUGGUGACUAAAUUCCAAAAUUUAGUCGGCAAAAAGUGACUAAAUUUUGUCCAAGUGACUAAUAUUUUCGCCGACUUUUUAUUUUUGCCGACUAAUUUUUUUGCCGACUUUUUUUACCUAUAAGGUGUAUCAUCGCAUAAUACCAUGUAAUUGUGUCACUUGUUAUAUGUGUUUAAUGUAUUUUUGCUAGGUCGAAUUGUCAAGUUCGAAUGACGAAUUAUAAAGAUAGUUUUACAAACUUCUAUUUUAUUUUAUAUUUUGAUAUAAAUUUAAGAUAGAUUUAGCUGGAAUAGGGUCAGUACAGAAUAUCGAAUAUUUUUUUUUCAGUCAAGUGUUUUUUUCCUUGUACAAUUUUCUGGUAAUAGCCAUUUUUAAGCUACACAUGGAAUAUACCAUAAAACAUAUAGAGAUGGAUUUUCCAUGUUCCUUGCCAUGUUUUUUACAUAGUAUUUACGAAUAAGGCCAAAUAACUUGCACGAGUUUUACGUUAAACGUCUUUUUAUAUUAAAGGAAGAUGUUUCUUAACUUGAGGCUAAGUUUGUAGGUACUUUCAACUCCUAAUUCACAAAAUUAUGAACCUUCGUCUCCGUAGUGUUUUGCUUGAAAACACGAAAUUUGCGUUGUUUUUCGCAAAAAACAUUUGUUUUGCAUCCGAUUUCCAUUUCCACCUGCAGUCCCAGCGUUGAUGCGUUGGAGAUUAAUUUCCUUUUUUAUGUGGGCUUGUGUUUCAAUACCUCGAAGUUGAGAGAUAACCAGUUUCGCAUUCUUUGAAGGGGUAUUAAAAAAAAAGUGGAAAAUAACUUAAAAUUCAUAAUACAUGUGCAUCCUGUAUUGCUGGUUUUAAAAUAUAUUUACAAACAAGAGGUUUUUACGCAAGUUUCCUGUUUAUAAAAGACUGAGGUUACAGAUAUGUUCUGCUGAGACGAAAAGAAGUGACUUUAACAGGCUUAGCAGUGAAUGAUGCAACAAGGGGUUAAGUCUUAAAGUUUCGGUGAAAGUCCUUCAAAGUUAAGAAACAUCCAAACUAAACGCAAAUGUUUUAUGUAUGUAGAAAUAAGAAUUUUAGACGGAUACACAACAACUACUGCCACGACGUGAAUUGCAUAACACAAAAGUAAAUUCAUACCUUGAAGGAUUUUACUCGUACUAUUUUUUGUAAAUAAAUGUUUUACUAAUAUUUUUAAACUUUUUAUGCCGUACACAUCAUCUAAAUCACAACAGAUUAGAAUUUUUUUGAAUUGAAAGCAAGUCAACAGGAUACUUUAUCAAAAUACCUUGCAGAGUAUAUUUUGGUCCUAUUUUAUCAAUCUGAAGAUCUUUUUUCAUGAUUUAGCUGUGAAUCUUCAAUUUGCUGUGUUCUGUUAAUUUAUAUAUUUUAUUAUUUUUUAAACUUAAUUAUCAUCAUUGUAGCCGUAGAAACCUACUGACAAAAGAGAUUAAACUACAAUGUAUGCGUAGUUUAUGCUCUUGCCUAUCCUUUCAAAAUAUUAAUCUAAAUUGUAUUCUAGUGUGAUCUUUUAUAAUUUGUAAUUAAAUUUUACUUAUAGCUAUAUUCUCCAGUGCAUAUAUCUAAAUAUAUUUGUUUUUCAA